AUGUCACACUCUCAGGCACAGUUAUCUGCAAUCUCCAUCACAGAGCGUAUCUGCUCCGCGGUCUCAUUAGCCGGCACCUUCGUCAUCGUCACUACCUUCAUCGGCUCCCGCGCAUUUCGCAAGCCCAUUAAUCGCCUCGUCUUCUAUGCUUCCUGGGGGAACAUUAUGGCCAAUAUCGCUACUUUGAUCUCACAAUCGGGUAUACAUGCUGGUUUUGGAAGUUCGUUGUGUCAGUUUCAGGCUUUCUUGAUCCAGUGGUUCAUGCCGGCAGAUGCAUUGUGGACUUUUGCCAUGGCUUGCAAUGUCUACUUGACCUUUUUCCAUAAGUAUAACUCAGAGCAACUACGUCAGCUGGAAUGGAAGUAUGUGAUAUGCUGCUACGGUCUACCGUUCGUCCCGGCUUUUGCAUACUUCUUCAUUAAGACGCAAGCACGAGGUCGCGUAUAUGGUUCUGCUAUUGUAGGUGGCCCUGAUAAUAGCACCUCUUUCUCUUCAGAUUCUAAUACUUUCAAGCUAUGGUGCUGGGUCUCGCUCCCCUGGGACUUUCUCCGCAUCGCCGUCUUCUAUGGCCCCGUUUGGUUCGUCAUCUUUCUAACAUUCGCCAUCUACCUACGGGCCGGGUCCGUAAUCUACCAAAAGCGACGUCAAUUUCGGAAACUUGGAGGCAUUGAAUCCAUCGAUAGCGAUUCUCCCUCCGAAACCCCAUUUCUGAAGCUGGCCGGCAUCCAAGUCACCAGCGAGAUCGCCUGCUCUUCGCCAGAACGCUAUUCCAUAUCGCCUUCUGAUUGUCGGCCUACACGCAGCUUCACUGCAUCUUCAGUCAGUCCAUACUCCGUCACUAUUGAGGGUGGACCAUUUGAGCCCAUCACAGGGCUUCAAACUGCCGCGACGAGCGGUACCUACAGAGGCUAG